UUUCCUUGCUCCUCUAGGAGCUCAAGCCGGAACUUGUCACCGAAGCCAGAAUACAUAAGUGACUCGAGGGAGGGGGUCGCUUUAUCUGGAACUUUAAAUGUCUUCAGAGGACAAAGAAGCUCAGGAGGAUGAGCUUCUUGCUUUGGCAAGUAUUUAUGAUGAAGAUGAAUUCAAGAGAGCACAGUCUGUACAGGGAGGAGAAACUAGAAUCUCUGUUGAUCUGCCUCAAAACUUCAACAUAUCUGUGAGUGACAACCUGACAGAGAAUCUUCAGAACAGCAAGUUUGAAUGCACAGUCUGCUUCUUACCUCCGAUUGUGCUGAAUUUUGAAUUCCCAACAGACUACCCAUCAACCUCCCCACCUGUGUUCACUCUCAGUAGCAAGUGGCUCUCCCGGGCUCAGCUCACUGCUCUUUGCAAGCAUUUAGACAACUUAUGGGAAGAAAACCGAGGCUGUGUGGUCUUGUUUGCCUGGAUGCAGUUUCUGAAGGAAGAAACACUUGCGUAUCUCAACAUCAGUUCCCCUUAUGAGCCAAAGAUAUGUGAACAAGGAGAAGAACAAAAGAAGAUCAACAAAGAGGAAGCUUGCUAUGGUGUAUCAGGUGCUGCAGCAGCACAGGAAGAAGCUCUCGAUGAAAGAGCUGUGCAAGAUGUUGAGUCUUUGUCCAACCUGAUCAGGGAAAUUCUAGACUUUGAUCGGGCCCAAAGAGAAAAGUGCUUCAACAGUAAAAUGUACACAUGUAAUAUCUGUUUUUCUGAAAAGUUGGGAAGUGAAUGUAUGUACUUUAUGGACUGCAGGCAUGUGUACUGCAAGGCCUGUUUAAAGGACUACUUUGAAAUUCAAAUCAAAGAUGGGCAGGUCCACUGCCUGAAUUGUCCGGAACCCAAAUGUCCUUCGGUUGCUACUCCUGGGCAGGUAAAAGAGCUGGUGGAAGAACAACUGUUUGCACGUUAUGAUCGCCUGCUGCUUCAGUCAAGCUUGGAUCUGAUGGCAGAUGUAGUGUAUUGCCCACGCCCGUGCUGCCAAACACCAGUAAUGCAGGAACCGUGUUGCACAAUGGGCAUCUGUUCAAAGUGCAAUUAUGCUUUCUGUACAUUGUGUAAGAUGACUUACCAUGGUGUCUCCCCCUGUAAAGUAACUGCAGAGAAGUUAGUGGACUUGCGCAAUGAGUACCUUGAAGCAGAUGAGACCACAAAAAAGUUUUUAGAGCAACGUUUUGGGAAAAGAGUGAUUCAAAAGGCUCUUGAGGAGAUGGAAAGUAAAGAAUGGCUGGAAAAGAACUCCAAAUCAUGUCCUUAUUGUGGAACUCCUAUAGAGAAAUUAGAUGGCUGCAACAAGAUGACAUGCACUGCUUGCAUGCAGUACUUCUGUUGGAUUUGUAUGGGUUCUCUGUCAAGGGCAAACCCGUACAGGCACUUUAAUGAUCCAUCCUCCCCAUGUUUUAAUCGGCUAUUUCAAGCUAUGCAAAAUGAUGGUGACUUCUGGGAUGAGGAAGAGGGCUAGAAUCUAUCCAGUAUCGAAAGCUAAGAAAACAAACAGAAAUGGAGUUGUGCUAUGAAUGCUCUGUUCAACCUUGUUUUGAACACUGACAGAUAAGACACAAACACUUCAAAAUGCUUUAUAGAACCGCUUUUGUUUGCCGCCACUAGAAGCCUUUAACCUUAUGAGGUCUAAGGUCUUUUCUUUUAGUUUUCAAAUACUAGAUCACUGAAAAAUUGAGCAAAUGCAUUAAAAUUUCACAAUGUGUUCAUAUAUGGCCCUGUUUCCACGAAAACUGACCCAGGUACAAGUGGAAAUGGUGGAAUAUGGCCAACACAUUCUUUACCUUUGUCUAUGGAGCAAGUGGUGGUAUAAAUGCACAUUGAUACGAAACCAGAAAUUCCAAACUGUUCUGAUGCUGCAAAAACAGCAACUUGUUCAUACUAGCAUCUGUUCCAGGAGCUGGAAGAUCCCCUCCCAGACCUAUGAACAUAUUCUUGGGAGAGCAUGAUGCAUCUGAAUGUCACUUUUCACUUCCUGAAGCAGACUUUCCAAGGUUGAUGGUUGAAAUUAUCAUCUGGACUCUUGGAAUAAGCAUUUCUGAAGCUAUCCUUCCAAACAGUAUAUACUUUUCCCCUGUCCAAGACCAAUUAAUGCUCUGAAAUAGCUUUAGUGUGUGAGUAUAACACCCCCCUCUCACACACACAUUAAUGAAUGCAGUCCCCAUUUAGUGGUAACUUGCCAAAGGCACGAACAACUGGCCCUGUGCCUCAUCAGAAGUCUGGGGAAGGAGAACAGCAAUGUUCUCACCGCCGUAACACUACAGCAGAGUUGCUUACCAUGUGGUAAGUUACUAUUUCAUAAAAUAGUUGCAUCCACUUCCUACCUAAAUAUUUUAGAAGUUAACGAGACAGUUCUGGAAACUUUCUGUUUGGAGAUGUCGUCGUCUUCCAGAAAAGGCGAUGUAUUGCAGGUGAUGUAAGAUAUCUGAGUUCUACAUUCUCACUGUCUUACCGUUCGUUCACAGUUUGUUUUUGUGUCAGUUUGCACUGAUCUUUGGUUAUGUAAAAUCUGCAGAGUUUGGUCAUUUCAUUAGCAGCACCUUUUAGGCCCUUCCAUGGCAUCUCUUCCACCAAUCACCGCAUUCUCUAGGUGACUGGCUGUUCCCUAUCCCUCCCUUUCCCUUGACCAUCACUGGCUGAAUGCAGCAUGGGUGGCCUAAUGUGGAGGUGGAGUCAGCUAUGAAAGUGAGAGGAGCUAGAAGGAGCCAAGGCUUUAGUCUGUUAUAGAACAUUUACACUCCUUCUAGCCAUUCUGAAACAAUCCUCCCCACAAAAGCCAAUUCAACCAACUCUAAAUGCAUAACCGUUAGCAGCUACUACAUCAGUAGUCAAAGCAAGUCGUCAUCUGUAACUAAGCAGGAGUAUGGACAACUCAUUAAUACCUCUAGGGGAAUUAUUCCAAAUCAGAGUGCCAUCACAGGGAAAGGCCCAGAGUUUGGAAAGCAGUUCAGACCUCUGGAAAGAGCUCUUUCUCUCUCUCUAGGAAGGAAGUGGGGGUGACCCUGCUGACUUUUUGCUCCAGUCCCCCACAACACCAGCUUGAUUUAGGGCUUCAUAGGCGAAAUCUACCACUUUAAGCUGGCAUCUUUUAAGCACUGGUGUAGCAAGUCCAUGGAGCUGUUUACACAACAUACUAACCCACACUCAAGCACUGAAUGUUUUGAACUGUGGGUUGUUCGCUAAAACAUGGGUUAGCUUGUGUGAAUGCAGCAUGUUUUCUGCAGUGUGGGUUAUUGUGUUUUCUGAAUGCCGCUAGGGUGGCUUAUUAACCAUGCAGUGUGGCUUUUUAACCACCCUGAGCAACCCAGCAACAAACCAUGGGUUCUCAAGGUGGCUUCUUUGAGAAAAUAAGCCACACUGCAUGGUUAACUAGCCACCCUGGCUACAUUCAGUCAACAUGAUAACCCAUGGCUCAGCAAACAACCCGCAGUUCUGAACAACCCACACUCAACCACUGAGUGUGGGUUAGUGUGUUGUGUGAACGGCUUGCAUAUGUUAUAGUUGGACUUGCUAUAAGGCUUGAGGCAGGGUGAGGAGGGGAGAAAACAAUCCUCCUCCUGCAUCCCUCAGAAGCUCUAUUUGUAGUAACAGUUCAAACCGAGUUGAGAACAGCAUAGUCUCCCUGAAGUGCAAUGUUUUAGUACCUGUGAGGACUCUGAAAGAUGAGCAUAUAGACCUGAAGGAAUGAGGUGUUCAUUUUUUGAAUGAGAGACAGCAGAUUGAGAAUGUUACCCAUUUUCUCAGAUCAGAUUUACUCAGUUCACUUAAAGUUGAAUUCCCUCAGUGCCUAGCUCCAUCUUCCCAACUAUUAUAGAAUAACACAACCCAGUUCUGUUUUGGAAAAUGUGUAUUAAUGCCUUUAAUGUAAAAAACAAAAAC